UCAGCAAGGUAAACAUGGCGACUGUCGGACCUCUUGGUAGAAUUGCAAAACUCGGCUCCAGUAUCUGUAGGAACCAUCGUUUACUAUUUAACAGGAGUCCACAGAGACGAGGGAUAGCUUCGUGUAUCGACCCUGCUCAUGGACUCACAGAUGAACAGAAGGAGUUUCAAAAGGUUGCCUUUGACUUUGCAGCCAAUGAAAUGACUCCACACAUGGCAGAGUGGGACCAGAAGGAAGUAUUUCCUGUUGAGACGAUGCGAAAAGCAGCCGAGCUGGGGUUUGGUGGCAUCUAUGUUCAACCUGAUGUUGGCGGAUCGGGUCUCUCUCGACUCGACACAUCAAUCAUUUUUGAGGCCUUGUCCACGGGAUGUGUCAGCACCACAGCUUAUAUCAGUAUCCACAACAUGUGUGCCUGGAUGAUUGACACUUUUGGGAAUGCCGAGCAGAGGGAGAAGUUCUGUCCUAUUCUCUGUUCAAUGGAAAAGUUUGCCUCCUAUUGUCUCACUGAACCAGGCAGUGGCAGUGACGCUGCCUCUCUUCUGACAUCUGCAAAGCGGGAAGGAGACCAUUACAUCUUGAAUGGCUCUAAGGCUUUCAUCAGUGGAGGAGGAGACACAGAUGUUUAUGUUGUGAUGUGUAGAACAGGAGGGAAAGGACCAAAAGGCAUCUCGUGUUUGGUUGUAGAAAAGGGGACUCCGGGCCUCAGUUUUGGCAAAAAGGAAAAGAAGGUAGGCUGGAACUCUCAGCCAACCAGAGCGGUGAUAUUCGAGGAUUGUGCUGUUCCAGUGACUAACCGGCUUGGUGAAGAAGGACAAGGAUUCAGCAUCGCCAUGAAAGGCUUGAAUGGAGGCAGGAUUAAUAUUGCAUCCUGUUCUCUUGGAGCAGCCCACGCCUCUGUACUGUUAGCAAGGGAUCAUCUGUUGGUACGCAAACAGUUUGGAGAGACGCUCUCUAACAACCAGUUUCUUCAGUUUAAACUGGCAGAGAUGGCCACCAAGUUGGUUGCGUCUCGUCUUCUGGUGCGUGAAGCCGCCACAGCCCUGCAGGAGAACCGGCCUGAUGCCGUCUCCCUCUGCUCUAUGGCCAAGCUGUUUGUUACAGACGAGUGUUUCAAUAUCUGCAACCAGGCUCUUCAGAUGCACGGUGGAUAUGGUUACCUCAAAGAUUAUGCUGUGCAGCAGUUUGUGCGAGAUAUCAGAGUUCAUCAGAUCCUUGAGGGCACAAAUGAGGUGAUGAGGAUGAUCAUUUCUCGUAGUCUUCUCUCAGAGUCCUGAUAAAGAAUCUCUGGAUCUUCAGUGGCGACCAUGUUUUUAUGGUCUCUGGUUUGUUACUGUGUGACUGGUUUCCUGAAGUGCCCUCUGUAUCAAAGGCUCUUGGAACAAUUAAGGGUGAACCACUCGUUAUAAAUUGUGUUAUUUUCAGCUACUAAAGAUUAGUAUUUUUUUAUUUCUGUUCACUGAGGUGCCUCACUCAUGAGAUGUAUCAGUAACCACUGCUCAGAUGACUUUUCAAAUAGCACCACCUGUUGGUCAGACUUAAUGUAUACAUUUCUAAUCACACUGAGUGCUGUACAUAUAGUAUCCUAUAAAAUCAAUGCUCAUAUGUUUGAAUGAUAGGUAGAAUAAUAGAGGGAAGCAUUAUAUUCUAAUGUGCCAACAUUUAGCUCUUUAGAAUGCAAAAACUGUGGAAAGGACUGAAAAAAAGAGUAUUCUUGAGGUACUUUUUGGUGAGAUUUUCAUGCAAUCAUAGAAUUAAACAAGGAAAAUACCAAGGCACUCUUUAUAAACAAUUAAAACGCCUUUAUUCUCAUGACAUGGUCAUCCACCCAUUUUCUUCCGCUUAUCUGAGGUUGGAUAAGCUGGUGAAUUAAGUCAACCUAGACGUCACACUUCCCAGCAAUGUUUCCAGUUCUUCCUGAGGGAUUCAGAAAGACUCCCAGGCCAGAUGUGAUAUACAGUAAAUCCCUCCAGCAAGUUUUGGGUCUUCCCAGGGGUCUCCUCCCAGUUGGAAGUGCCUGGAAGACCUUCAAAGGGAAGCGACCAGGAGGCAUCCUGAUCAGAUGCCUGAAUCUUCUCAACCGACUUUCCGAUGUGAAGGAGCAAUUGAUCUACUUUGAGAUUCCCCUGGAAGUCAGAGAUCCUCACCUUAUCUCUAAGGCUGAGCCCAGCCACCCGCCUAAGGAAUCCCAUUUGAACCUCUUGUACCGGUGGUCUUAUCCUCUCAUUUAUUACCCAGAGCUCAUGACUUUAGGUGAGGGUUGGAACAAAGAUCGACCGGUAAAUUGAUAGCUUUGCCUUCCGGCUCAGCUCCCUCUUCGUUACAGCGCAUGCAAAACUGCUAACUCAAUCUCACGGUCCAUUCUGUGCUUACUCGUGAAUAAGACCUUGAGAUGGUGGAAAUCCUUGACUUGGGGCAAAGACUCCCCACCCAGGGAGAGCAAUGACAUGGCCAUGUAGACCUUAUAAACACAUCUCUAUGCAUUUUAGAAAGUCAGUUCAUCAUGCUGAUUAAGUCUUGAUACUGAAACGUUGGGAUUUUUUCUUGUUUAAUUCUAAGUAGCUCUUUGGCAUAAUAAAUAACCUACCAAGUACCACACACAAAGUUCAGUUGAAACUGACGCAGUUAUUUGGUCAUCAAACAGGACUCAGAGAAAGUUAAAUUGUACAUUGAUGAUGUCAAGCUCUGUUUCUGUAAUAUUUCAGUAUGAUCUAUGUGCUGGACUGACUAAUGUACCAACAUUUACAUGCUGCUAACAUGGAAAUGGUCCAUGAAUUUGUCACUACAUAUGCUCUCAUGCUUCCUCUCAUGCAGUUUAAAAAUAUAAAAUGUUUAUUUAUAGAAAUACUUUCCCCGAAGCUUCUAGAGUGGCUGUGGAGUUUCAGCCUACUUUUCAUCAAUAAUGUGCUCUUUACAGCAGUUUCACUCAGAACUGUGGAGAGCACUGGAUCAUUUUUUCCAUGUGUUAAAGGUACAAUACGCUAAAUUUUUGCACUAAAUGUGUAAAUUAAUAAGAAUAUCACUAAACCUUUGUUAUAUUUGAAGUAAUGGCAUAACUUCAAAUAUUUUGAAAUCUUUCAAAGCCAGAUAGAUUCUUAUUUUUUUUAGUUGCAAUAGUCCAUGUCUACUGGAGCAAACUGUUGUUCUGUUGCUUUACCUUAUUCAUGUUUCAUGCUGCUUACUUGUUAUGGAUUAUUCUCUCACACAAAUUCAAGAAACUCCUAUCACUCCCAUGAUUUUAUGCCACCAUUGAUGUCACUUUUUGUUAACUUUUUGAUUGAGAACCCCCUGGUGGUGGAGUUAACAUACCAAGUGUAUAAAGAAUAGAACAGCCCCAGUGUAAAAUAAGAACAAUGAAUAGUUAUUUAGCCAAAAUUCAAGUGCAGUCUCAGCUUUUGAAGUGGUCCGUUAGAUCUUUGUUAUGGUCAUGGUUACUGUAUUGUUGGUGUACUGUGGGUUCUGUAGAAUUGUUAUAAACAUGCAUAUCUUAAGUUCUAAGAGAGCAAACAAACAUUUUUGGACAAUGGAUUAAAAAUGUUUGGAUGCUUGUCUUUUAGGGCUUCCGUAGUGACUUCCUAUUACAGAUAUGCACUUUAAAUGUGAGGUGGGUUGUGUGUUGAAAUGUUACUUUGCAAAUUAUAUUUGCUGAUCACACUCCAAUAAAAUAUU